UUAGAAACCGCUAGCGAGCAACAUUUGCUGCACGAAAACUAUUCUUUCACAACUCCUAACAGAGGAAAACAGCCUUUUCAGCGUUUUCAUUUAACAUCUGAGCCACAUGACCACAAGUCUAUCAGUCAUGUGAAUGCUGCGCAUAUGACACGCAGCGUUUCCCGUUCAGCUGAAUACAGACGGUCGCUAUAAUCAAUCGAAAACUGCAUUCGCGCACAUAUGCACUUUAAAACCCUGCAAGUCCAUAGAAUGCAAUACACUUCAAUGGAAUAAUGCAUUCAGACUGUAUUUUUGAAAGCCUACCUUUUCAUACGAAGUCAAACAAUGGCAAACAAGUACUCUAAAAGACACACGAAACAAGACGCUCUGGAAAAUGAAACUGAGCAAGCAUCACUUGCACUGACUGUAGAGCUGUCAGCGAUGGAGAGCUGGAGAGCCCUGGCCAUCACGGUCUGUGUUUACGUCCUCCUUAAGUUCUUGAGUGUGUUCACAGUAUGUGCUUCCUACACAGAGCCUUGGGGAUUUAACCAGCUGUCAGCGAUGGAGAGCUGGAGAGCCCUGGCCAUCACGGUCUGUGUUUACGUCCUCCUUAAGUUCUUACAGGGCGGAGGGGUAGGGACAUCAGGGUUUGUCAGUAACUUGCGCAGCUUCCUGUGGACUUAUGUCCAGCAGUACACCAGCCGUGUGGUGCAGGUCCGUCUUUUCACUCACCUGCAUGACCUCUCUCUACGCUGGCACCUGGGCCGCCGCACCGGAGAUGUCCUGCGCAGCAUUGACCGUGGAACCUCCUCAGUCAACAACUUGUUAAGCUAUAUUGUGUUCAGCAUUGUACCCACUAUUGCUGACAUCAUCAUUGCCAUCAUCUAUUUUGUGACGUACUUCAGUGCCUGGUUCGGCCUCAUUGUUUUCAUUUGCAUGUUUCUCUACCUCACUAUCACCAUCAUUAUCACUGAAUGGAGGACCAAGUACAGGCGGGAAAUGAACACACAGGACAACAUUGCCAAGUCAAAAGCAGUGGACUCUCUUCUCAACUUUGAAACCGUAAAGUACUAUAAUUCAGAGGGUUUUGAAGUCAGGCGCUUUGAGGAUGCUAUCCUGAAAUAUCAGGCAUGUGAAUGGAAGACCAAUGCUUCCCUGGCUCUCCUGAACCAAACUCAGAACCUGAUUAUUGGAUUUGGCCUGUUGGCCGGAUCCCUGCUUUGUGCAUACUAUGUUACAGUGGACAAGUUUCAAGUUGGUGACUAUGUUCUUUUUGGAACCUACAUUAUUCAGCUCUACACUCCACUCAACUGGUUUGGUACAUAUUAUAGAAUGAUCCAAAGUGCAUUUGUUGACAUGGAGAGCAUGUUUGAACUGCUAACAGAGGAAAAAGAGGUAAAGGAUGAUGUGAAUGCAGGAGACCUUUUGUUCAUAGAAGGAAGGGUUGAUUUCCAGAACGUGUGCUUUAGUUACACUGCUGGGAAAGAAAUUCUCAGUGAAGUCUCAUUCACAGUGAUGCCUGGUCAGACAGUUGCACUGGUUGGUCCAUCCGGAUCAGGAAAAAGCACCAUCAUCCGUUUGCUUUUCCGUUUUUAUGACGUGCAGGGUGGCUGCAUCCUCAUCGAUGGUCAGGACAUCUCUAAGGUGAAACAGAACUCUCUACGAUCCUACAUUGGUGUAGUUCCUCAGGACACUGUUCUUUUCAAUGAUAACAUCCGUGAAAACAUUCGCUAUGGACGCAUCUCUGCAAGUGACCAAGAAGUAGAAGAGGCUGCAGUGGCUGCUGAUAUCCACCAUAAGAUAUUAUCCUUUCCAGACGGAUAUGAUACUGAGGUGGGUGAAAGGGGUCUGAAGUUGAGUGGAGGGGAGAAACAGAGAGUGGCCAUCGCUCGCACAAUCCUAAAAUCCCCUCGCAUUAUUUUGCUUGAUGAAGCUACAUCUGCUUUGGACAGUCAAACAGAGCGUAACAUUCAGGCUUCUCUCGCUAAGGUGUGUGCCAACCACACCACUCUGGUCGUGGCACACAGGCAUGAGGAGCUGCUGGCCAUGGGGGGACUGUACGCAGCCAUGUGGUUAAAACAGCAGCAAACCCCAGAGUCAGAGGUCUCUACAGAUGAACAACCGCAGGAGCCACAGCAGAGUGGCUGAAGCUGAUGGAGCAGCGAUGAUGAAUGGUGAUGGGUGAAAUCAAUCAGGAAAAUGGUAAAAGAGUUCAUCUCAGACACAGGGGCACCAGACUGCACAAACGUAAUAAACUACGAAGAGUGUUUCUCAGGGAAAGGUGUCAUUAAAAAUCUACCAAUCAUUGAGUACUUCUAAAUAUGUUAAAGGGUUAGUUCACUCUAAAAUGAAAAUGGUCCUCAUUUACUCAUU